AUGUUUUCCUCAAUCAGUACCCGCGAUCGACUGCGACGGUCCAUGUCCACUCGUUCCAUGAGAAGAGCUCGUCCAAUUCGAGAGCCAGAGCCAGUCGAUCCGGAAAUCGCCAAAGCCCAAGCAAAGGCGGCUGCAUCACGGGCGAUGCGCUCAAGCGCUUCUUCGACGGAAUCCAAGGCUUAUGAUCGAUUGGGCGGCCCAGCGCAGGUCGCGAUUCCCAAGCGACGGCCAGGAUCAAGUCUUCGGUAUACAAACGACGAUGCUUCGGUAUAUUCCGCCUCCAUUCCACCUCCAGUCACUCCUCGUCAAUCUACGGAGGACGAUGGUGCAAAUCGAGGGCAUACACUUGAAGACUCUGCCGCACUGCCGCCAAUCACCGAGCUUCAAGGACUGGAUGGACGCGAUAGCUCGGUGCCUUCAUCGUACCGCCGGCUGCGCAAGGCCAAGUCCAUGUUCUCAACCCGAGCGCGGCCUUCUCAUGUACCUUUUGGCCCACCUUCAAUGUCGCCUCGGCAUGCCUUUGAAUUGGAUCGAAGCCCGGAAAUCGAGCUACCUCGGACCCUACGACCCGCUGUGUCUUUCAUUCGAGGCCGUCGUCAAAAUAACCGAGCAGUCCGACAUGCCAAAAGCCAAGAUGUGGCCAUUCAGCUCGCUCGCAAUCAAUUCAUGGAGGACGCUGGAAGCCCGGAAUUACAGACUAGAAGCUCCUCGCUCCUCAACCGGCGCAAAAGAGAUCACAAGCCGUUUCGAAAGUCAUUCAGGGUUACGAGCGAUACUGGACCUAUUCCAGGUUCAACACCAGAGCACACUUCUCGAUGGGCCUCACGCAAUAGAUCCCGAACAUUUUCCUCGUCCAUCAAGAAUGGCUUCAGACGCGUCUUUGGAUUUUCCAAACCAGCCGAGCAGGAGUCCGAGUUCAGCCUCGAGGAAGAAGCCAUUUCAAUCGCGACACCAGACACCGCGGUUGACAGUCAUCCUGCUGGGCUUGUUGUGGGUGGUAAGGUGAAUAUGGACCAGUUCGUGAUGUCCAGUCCUCUGCCGGUUGAGUCUCCAGGGGGGGGAAAGUUUCUUGUGAUGACCCGAAAGGCCCGGCAUCGCCAGUCGCUAUCCUUGAUUGAAGAACAUGGAGAUUUGAACAAGCAAUUGCCUCGAGUACCUGCUGAUCCCACCCGUCACCAGCCUCCCCUGUGCCAGGGUAUCAUCAGCGAAUCGGACGAGGCAACCAGUCCUGGGGUAUUCAACAAUUGGGCUGAUAGUAAUGACCUUUACUCGGCUCUGAUGCAGCAGAUUAGACGGCAGGCUGUCCACACGCCUGAUGAGGACAUCGUCUUUGGCACGGUCCCUGAAUAUCGCGCGAUUCCAGAGCGCGCAUCUUCGAUAUAUUCACACCGCAGCAAACGUACCAUUCGGCAUAUUCCGAGUGAAGAAUCAUCAACCGCGGGAUCAUUUGCAACUGCACGCGUUGGUAUCUCGAAGUCUCCACAGUGGCGCCAACCAGGUCCCCUCGGACACACCUCUGGCAAGAUUUCUCAGUGCAUGUCUAAUCAGGAGAAUUAUCCACAACUUGGGACUUUCUUGAGAGAGAAGUCCCCGCAUUCCCCAUACGUUAUUGGUGAAGAGCCUGAAGAGGAUACUGGGAGCGUUGUCAUUGCUCGCUUCGAGGCAUUGAGGACAGGAAGCGAGUCCCCCAGCGUCUAUUCGCGGACGACUAGUGGCAAUACCCCCACAAAAGUCUCGAGUGGUUGUGUGGCCAGUUUCAUCAAUGACGAGACAGGAACUGCGACCAUAUAUUCUUCUCAGCGAACAGCAUAUAGCUCGCCGACUCGACCUGAUGGCUCGACUACACUAGACAGCCCCGUGCAGCCCAGUGUAGACUGGCAAAAGUGGAUGAGCUCCCAGAUUGAAAGAAUCGAAAAGACAAGCCCUACCAGAGCGCAUAUCCGGGAGAAUUCACAGUUCGAGGACGAUGACGACGAGAUCUUUAUGGGAAUACUCAAGCGGGCUCCGGCGCCAGUCCCAGAAAUGGCCGUUGAGCCUUACCUCCCAGAAGGCGACAGAUGCAAUGAUCCCUUGCCACAAGCGGAGCCUAAGACCCUGGCUCAGAACAACUUUUCCCGUCCAUUCAGUCGAGCCUCCAGCGUACGGACCAUUUUGUCCUCGCAAAAGAUACAACCUCUUGAGCCAAUGCAAGGCCUGCCAAAUCCGUCGAGUGCUGAAGGCAUUUGUGAGCCUUCUGUCUCGGAUGCUCCGCCUGUCCGAGUUCCCAGUAAACAGAUGCCGUCUCCAGUUCGCAUCAGAUCAUCGAACAUGCUCGCACCUCCAGAGUCUCCGACACCUCGCAGAGCUGGACCCAAGUCGCAGAAGCGAAUGUGGACCCAAGAACAAUACCGACGGUAUUCAGCUCGACGCCCAAUCGCGAAUGGAAAGUCCAAUUCAUUCCGGUCCAUGCGGAGCUACCGUGAUUCGCGUGGGAUGAACAAUGAAAAUACCCGACAGCAGGAGGAGCAUGAGGACAUGAUGGACGAUUACCAUAAACUCCAGGACAUUCAUUCCACGAUUUCCACUAAGCGCAUGGUGGAGAUGUUCUUGGACAGUCGACGCAGGCAGAUGGGAAGAGACCCAUCGGGGAGCACAGCUGCAGGGGAGGCGUUUAUUUGA